CUCGUUUCACGGUGGGCAUAGUGUGGACAUGCAAAUUGAAGGGCCCCGUUAGUCGUUUAGCGAGAGAGAGCGAGAGAGCGAGAGAGAUGGUUUUCCUAUGCUGGACGCGGCCGUCUCAUCGACAGCAGCAGGAGUGCAUUAACAAGUCAGGGGACUUCAACUACGACUCCAAGUACAGAGGCGCCACCUCCAAGCCCUUCUCCGCCCUCCAAAAUGAUGGAGACCUCUCGAAAGACGGCUUCUUCCUCAAUCACAACCGCAUAUUGGUCGGUUGCGGUCCCGAGACCUAUGAAAAGAGCAAGACCGCUCUUCAAACCUGGAGGCAUUUUGGUUUGAAUUGGGCAUUCGUCGAUCCCAAGACUUCUAUCGCAGCCGGGGAGAAGUUCUGUGUCUGUGCCAAAAUGUUUCUUCCCUGGAUUAUGAUGCCUCUCCAGGUAGCGUACAUUAAAGAAAAUAGAGACCGGAAAAAGCCCAAGGCCUCUUUCGGCUUCGGCAGCGGCACCCUUCAAGGUCACCUACUGGCUGGUGAAGAACGGUUUUCCAUAGAGAUGGAUGAGAACAACCAAGUUUGGUAUGAAAUUAUUUCCUUCUCAAAGCCUGCCCAUUUCCUUUCUUUUAUGGGCUAUCCAUAUGUACAGUUCAGGCAAAAAUGUUUUGCUAAACAAUCUGCAAAUGCAGUACUGAAAUAUGUCAAUGCUAAAAAAACCACAAUGUAGUUGUGUCAAGGAAAAUCCACAUCACAUUUUUU